CGGUGCGCGAGAUGAGGUCGUGUGGCAAUCGGUCUGUCCAUGUCCCCAAGGUUGAGACUCUUUGGGUCUCCGGAUCGCCACUCAUACGACGCAGCACCAUUGAGCUGAACGUACGCGAUGAAGACUCUAGUGUGUUUUUUAAGCGCUUGCGCAUUUGCGCAAGCUCAAUUCAGCAGUUUUAACAGUGGACGGAGUUCAAAUGCUUUCGGAAAUUCGCGCGUCCAGGCACAGCCAAGCGCUUUUGGAAACUUCGGGAACACAGGCACCCAAUCUCAGGCCAGCGCGUUUAGUAGUUUCGGAGGUCAAAGCCAGUCGGCCUUUGGCCGCCAAUCUGGGUUCCAACAGAAGCAAACCACCGUAAGCCCUCGGAGCAAUCAAUUCCAGCAGCAACCAGCCAGGACUAGUGCUGGCUCCUGCAGGGAGUUGAAUGAACGCUAUCCUGUGUCUGGGAGCUGUGAUCGAUACAUUGAGUGCAUAAACGGAACAGCCGAAGAAAAGACCUGCCCAGACGGUUUGCUGUUCAAUGCUAACGUGCUCUUCACAACUUAUCCUUGUCAAUACCCCAAUGAGGUUCAAUGCCUUGAACGUUCAGCUUUGCAGCCUGCUCAACCGACGGAGGACUGUCCCCAUCAGUUUGGAUACUUCAAGUUGGGUGAUGCGAGGAACUGCAGUGGUUUCAGGACCUGUGUGAAUGGUGUAGGCUAUGACUUCACGUGCCCCGAGGGACUUGCGUUCAGCUCGGAGAGCUACCGCUGCGAAUGGCCUGAUGAAGUCGCCGAUUGUGACGCCGAAGCUUUCCUUGGCUUCCGCUGCCCAGAGGUGCCAAUAUCUAAAGAACUUGGCCCACCUGCUGGCUACAGAUACUACAGGUCCGACACGAACUGCCAGAAAUAUUUCAUUUGCAUCGAAGGCCGUCCUCGCGUGCUAAGCUGCGGUGGCGAGUCGGGUUUCGACGAGCUGACCUCCACCUGUGUCUCGGCCGACGAGGUGGCGGCUUGCCCUCAGGACCUCCGCGCCGCCGCCGCCAGAGCCAGGGAUGAAGAGAACCAACGACUCGCCAAAGAAAUAUCUUUCAAUGCACGCCCGCUACAACAAAAAAGACGAUUCUAAUACGCAAAAAAUGUACAGUCAAUAAGGUACAAGAUUUAGAAUUUACGUACCCAUUUAAGGCCUUAUUAAUUGGAACUACCGACAAAAAUGUUGUGUAACGGAAAUAAAUCAUAUUUUUAUUACACAGUAACAUUAAUUAUAACAAAUUUCUAUGCAGCGGGGUCACCUCUCUCUGCAGCUGACUGUACAUUCUUGUUUCUUAAUGAAUCCCAAUAACUACACGACGUAUUUAAGUGUGGGUACCUAAGACAACUUAAAGUCGUUUAUAUUACAUAUUUUUUGACAAUAGCGUGUAUAUUGAUAUCUUAGAGUUCUUAGACCUUGACUGUACCCGCUUAUUCAUAAACGCGCUACCAAUCUCGAUUAGCUAUAAUAAUCGUUUGUCUUUAUCUGUCAUUUUGACUUAUGUAUUUGUAAGAAGGGGAUAAAACAUAAUUUAACUAAAUCAGGCCCGUAAAGUUUUAUGAAUAAGGGGGUUGUCAAUAAUAUAUAGGUAAUUUACUUUCAGCUAGUCCUUUGAGUCAGUCAUUUGAGUUACCUACCUAUGUCAGUUUGUGCAUAUAACACAAUAUAGGUAUAUAAUUUUACAGUCAUUUAAAUAAAUACAGUGAUAUACCCACAGUGUGAACACUAGAUCCGAGGGAUUAUAC